CAGUUGCUGGCGCGGCCAGGCAGGGGGAAUCAAAGGACGCGAGCCGCGACAAGGCGACCGGUCGUCUCCAUCUCCGUCCCUAUCCCCAUCCCCAUCCCCAUCCCCGGGCAGGGACGGGGAAAGGCUUGGGUUUUCUUGAAUGAAAAUCACGGGGAGCGCGGGAUGGGGAGGGAUGUGCGGCCGGCGGUGCCGACGGGGGUUGGUCCGGCUGGGAUUGAUUGGUAAAGCCUGUUAUCAUUCGAUGGCGGACGACCGGCGGGCGAGACGGGGCGCGGCGCGGGACAAAAGCUUUCCCUAGGAUACCGGUGCCUCGGUGGGACGUUUGACGUUUCUGGUUAACAACAGCAGUGCUGCCGCAUGCCGGUGCCCGUGCAUCGACGGCACACUGCACGGCGGCCCGUGCAAGUGUUGAUCCGCGGACUGAAAGGAGGAGUGUUCGUCGCAAAUGCGACCCUUAGCUCAUCUGCCCCGUUCGCUUGCCACACAUCUGUAUCCCCGUUCUCUCAAAAAAAGAAAGAAAAAUAAAUAUGCCAUUAUAUUAUAUUAUACUGAUGCUAGGAUUUGGAUCUCAGAAACCUCUUGGCCCAGCCCGAAUCAACUGAGGGAAGAACUCGUUCAUCAUGGGCUCCGUAAAUAACUUUCAAUGGGCCGAUCCAAUAUUUUUUGGGCCUCUAAGAAACCCUUGUUGGAUUAGAAUCAGCCUAACGGCGGAAAUCCAUGGCGAAUUCUCGAGCGUCCAGGUUCUCCAGGAGACCAGGAGCCGGCAGGAGGGGAAAGAGAUCACGCCGGUCGCCGAUCUCUCACCACCACCGCCAGACUCCAUGACCGGCGGCAGCGGCGGGCGACGAGACCACGAGUCCGACCGAGACGCAUCGACGGCCUUGCCCGUCCCGGGGCCCUGCGCCUCGACGCACCGCGCGCUCGCCGAGUGCCACCGCCGCGCCGCCCGCGGACCGCUGCAGCCGGAGGUGCUGUGCCGGCACCUGAACCGCGCGCUGGCGGAGUGCGUCGUGACCGCGUGCUGCCCCGACGAGACCGACGCCGUCCGCACCCUCUGCGGCAGCGCCGGCACCGCGCUCAAGCGUCAGCAGUGCCAGCGGGCGCGCAUCGACCUCGCCCUCUGCCUCGAGGCUCAUCAAGAGCCCUAAUCAAUCUGUUAAAAUGCAAUCCAACUAUGGAACAUUGGAGCCCCCAACCAAUUUGUGUGUAAAGAGCCCCAUUGGGGAUUAGCGCUGAAGGUAACAUUAUAGAAAUAGCAGGAAUGAACUCUGAAAAAAAAAUUGCAGAUGUUUUGGCAUUUGCUUGGCUUGAAUGCGAAAUCCAUGCUCUGAUCAUAAGUUUCCAGUUGUAUUAUUGGGAAAAGAUCAUGAAUUGCAAUUUGGUUGCUGUUGAUUUAAAACAGUGUAGAGUGUAGAGCAACUUCUAGCAAAGCUUGCCUGCCCUAGCUGAUACUUCACUUGUAUUAGUCCCUCCGUUUUUGAAUAUAUGACGUUGGACGCUGAGCUAAUUAGACUGUCCAAAACGUCACAGAGGGAGUAUUUGGGAUUUGUUGUGUGGGCUUCAUAUUCUAAAUGCCUAGUAGUAACAUAUAUACUCAGCCAUUGAAACUAUAGAAACAUUGAAAAGGGGAUGUUGCAUAUGCUACUCUGAAACUGCUUUGGGGACAAUUCUGAGACAGCAAUAAGGAGAUGUUGCAUUUGCAUUAGCGGUUCAUGUACCAAUGGGAUACCAUACUGUAAUAAUAAUUCGUGAGUUCAAAUAGGCAUUAGCUAUGAGUGAUGAGUCCCGUGUCUCGUCAGGUUUGUUCCGAUUUAUAUUGUAGUGGAGGCUUCAUCUGUCAUAUGACUCAUAUCAGGGCUGAAGGCUUCAUCCAUUAGCAAGUGGAGAAGUCUGACUUAUAUCAAGUCUGACGCAAGUGCAGCUGAUGAGCAAUUGAGGCAACAAACACUGCAGUAGCAUAAAUGGGCGAGCCGUGAGUUUCCUUUGCUGUGCACGAUCAAAUUGAUGUAACUCAAACUAUCCUUUUGUUUUAAACUGUGAUUUAUUUGUUAGGCAGAAAUGCAGAAUUCAAUUUCUGCAUGAACCUACUUUUUAGUCCUUCUUUUGCUCCUAAUUUAAAACUAUUACAUGUACAUCUCAUUGUCCUAUGUAUGUAAUUGGUGGUGUAUACGGAUGUUUAACUAAUUAUUAUGUUUCUUUGUAA